AGAGCGCCCGUGAAUUAGAGAUGGGUGCAACGAAUCUCGCGCCAGCUCUCAACCGUUCACGCGCUACAUCUCUUUUGGUGGUGUAUCUCACGCGCCCAAUCGAACGACCGUAGACCAGAUCUCGAUUAUUUUAUUAGAGCGUGAUAUUCACGCAUCUCUCGCGCGCGUGAUAUCCUCUAUCUUUGUUAUGUAUGGUUUUCUUCCCAGGAUAUACCGGCUCUUCUAAGAAGGGGAGAAACAGUCUCUCCGUGUAAAAAUCUUCGAACACUCGAGAGAUCUAUGCCGGAAAGGGAAGUGGAUAACCAGAACCCAUCUCAAAUUUUCAGGUGCCACGUCAAUGGCAAUGUCUUGAACAUGGAAGCCAUUGAUCUGAGCAAGAAAAGAAAGCUUCAGACUGACCAAUUCGAUUCAUCGCCUCUUCCCAAACAUGUCUGUUUCCACGACAAAGGAGAAGCUUCUCUGUCCAAAUCCUGCGAGCCAUGCUACGACAGUAACAACAGUUCAGACCAGUGUUCUGAAAUCGAGUCAGUUAAAGACAGUAACAGCUUCACCAUGGCCGAAGCUUCCGCGUCAUCUGUGAGCUCGGGUCCGAUGGAAUGUUCAGACGAGACAAGAAACGAGUCGUCGAGUUCGUCCCUUGGAGAAGAAAUGCUUCAUCACCAUCUAGGGUUCAUCUAUGGAACCGGAGAAUUGGAUGGAUACAAGGGGAAAGACAUUGUAGACAUUCUGUAUCCUGAUGAUGAAGUGAAGGAUCAUAAUGCUACUUACGUUCUUUCUUCCGGAAGAUGGGCUGUUAACCGAGAUUCUUCUCUGCAAAACACAAUGAAGCCCACCAUUGAUCAAGAAUUCGAGCAAUACUUCUCCAUGCUGAUGCUGUGAAAGAUAACUAAACCGGAUUCCGGUAUAAACGUUCAUAUAUGUAUGUAUAUAAAGCUGUACCGGUUAUAGUACCGUUUUGUUUCUUGUGAAAACCCUAACGGUGAAACAGCAAGUUUAGUUGGUUUAAUAGUAAUCCGGUUUAUGUUCGGUCGGUUUAGUU